AUGGAUUCCGAGUCGGAGCUCAUGAUAUCUCUUAUUUCUCAACUGUUAUCUAUCUUAGGCGGUGGGGAAGACACACAUACACCACAGCUGAAGUCAAAGUUGAUAGCACUUACUUGUCAACUAAUCUCUCUGGUCAACUCUCUGGAUUUGGAUUCGCAGCCGGAGCCGGAGUCGAAGCUCAAAUCACUAAUUAAGCAGAUAAUUUAUGUCAGCAACUCUGUUUCAGAACCAGGACCAGAGUCGCAGUCGGUAUCAGUGGUGACUAAAAUGAUCUCUAUCAUCGGCUCUAUAGAUUUUGAUCUCAAGGAGUCAGAGCCGGAGCUCAUGUCACUCACUUCUCAAAUAUUCGCUCUCAUCAUGGCAAUGGACGAGGAAUCGGAGCUCUUUUCACUCCUUUCUGAGGUGGCCAGUCUCGUCCAGACGGAGGAACAGAAGCUCAUCAAUAACCAACAAGUGCCGCCUCUCACCACCGAAGAAGAAGAAAAAGAUGAUCUUAUCUACGGCUAUACAGAUGAUAUGAAUUGGGAGUCGGAGCUCAUGUUCUAUAUCAUUUCUAAAAUGAUAUCUACAUUAAGAGGUGAGGAUAUGUGUCAAGAGGUGGCAAGAGAUUUCAUAGCAUACGCUAAUCAACUUAUUCCUCUCAUCGAAUCACUGGAUAUGGAUUCGAAUUCAGAGCCGAAGCAGGAGCCGAAGAUCACAUCACUCGUUAGGCAAAUAAUCUCUCUCAGCAAGGUUGUUUCUGGACCAGAGUCACAGUUGGUAUCACUCGUGACUCGAAUUAUCUCUAUCACCAGCUCUACAGACUUGGAUCCCACGGAGUCACAAUGGAGGCUCACGUCAGUCACUUAUAAAAUAUCUCGUAUCCUCAAGGAAAUAAAGGAUUCGGAGGAUUCGGAGAUGGCAUCACUCAUUAAUCAAAUACACGACCUCGUUGACGCAGAGGAGGGACGAAAGCCAGAGUCAAGGCUCAUAUCAAGCAUCACUCAACUAAUGUCUCACAUCAACUCUUGGAGUUUUUAUUCAGGAAUGGACCCCAAGAUCAUAUCUCUCAUUAUUCGAAUCAUCUAUCUGGUCAGAUCAAUGGAUUUGGAUUCGCAGACAAAGCCCAAGUCGGAGCUAAUGUCACUCGUUACUCAAACUAUCGCUGUCUACAACUCUAUGGAUUUGGAUUCUCAGCCGCGGCCGCUAAGGAAGGUCGUAUCAGUUUUUUCUCAGUAUGGUUUUGACGUAAAUUCUACAGUUUCGGAUUCAGAAUCGGAUUCAAGUGAGAAUUACGUGUCACACAUUAAAGAUUCAUUAAAACUUGAGCCGGAGCCCGAGCUUAUUUCCUUCAUCCAUCGAAUAGGCUCCCUCGUCAUCUCUAUGAAUCCAAACUGGGAGAAGCUUAUUUCCUUUUGCCCUCAAUUUGAAGUAAUACUGAGCGAUGAUGGAAAGUUUCAAGUGGAAGAAGGACGUCUAAGCAAAAAUCAGUUAUCCGACGAUAUCCCAAUGAAGUGGAAUUGUCUCCAGGUAAACUGGAAUUUAUUGAAGUUACAUGCAGGAGAAAAAGACUUUACUCAUUUUCGCUGUCGAGGUUGCAAUGGUGACAACCAUAAAGAAAAUGAAAAGGCUCCACUUGAAGUCAAACACCCUCUUCAUCCUAAACAUCCUCUUCAGCUUGUUUUGUCGCAAUCUUCUGGUGGUAGAACGAGGGAAUGCUAUUGUUGUGAUGAAGAUUUGCUGCAUAUAUUCUAUUGUUGCUUGGCUUGCAAUUUUUCUAUGAAUGUAGCUUGUACUAAGAAGCCAGCUGUCUUAUAUAGAAACCAUCCGAGGUGGCACGAGCAUACACUUGCUCUGUUUCCAAGGCAGGCUUCCUUAACUUGCAACCUUUGUGCCUUGGCCGAUUCAAGCUCCCCGAUCUAUAUGUGUCCCCCUUGCGACUUUGUCGUCCAUCUUAGAUGUACCGGCUUACCACGUGUCAUAAAGAUAUCCCGCCAUCUCCACCGUAUAUCAUUUACAUUUUCUUUUGACCGAGGAGAUUUGUCUUGUAGUGUUUGUCGCAGAAAAAUAGACGAAGAUUACGGGGGCUAUACUUGCAUCAAGGACGGCUGUUCGUAUGCGGCUCAUUCGAAAUGUGCAACACAAAAAAAUGUGUGGGAUGGCAUCGAACUUGAGGGAGAGCCUGAAGAAGUUGAAGAAGAAGUAGUUGACCCGUUUGUGACAAUAAGCGACGGAGUCAUACAACAUUUCGGUCACCCACAACAUCAUUUGAGACUUGACGAGAACACGAGCAGAGAUUACGACGAGGAUAAGUUGUGUCAAGCUUGCGUCAUGCCAAUCUAUUUUGGUAACUUCUACUCCUGUACGCAAUGCAAUUAUAUACUCCACGAAGCAUGUGCCAAUUUCUCUCGCAAAAUGCAUCAUCCGGUACAUCCACAUGUGCUCACUUUAGUGAACUCUGACGGUGCUAUCAACGUUAGAAAAGAAUGUGCAGCUUGUCCUUGGAUGUGCACAACUGGUUUCUUCUAUGAAUGCAGUAAAGAAGAUUUUCAGCUACAUGUGCAGUGCGCCAACCUGUCUGAGCCACUAGUCCAUGAAAGUCAUAUGCAUCCUUUAUUCCUAACAUCCAAACCAGGAGAGAGGAGAUUAUGUUCCGCUUGCAAAGAGUCGUAUUUUAGUGUGACAAGAGAAACAUUCAACUGCAUAGAGUGUGAUUUUGCUUUGUGCUUUAGAUGUGCUACUUUACCUCAAAAGGUGAGGUAUAAGCACGACAAACAUAUGCUCACUCUUUCGUAUGGGGAAGAAACAAGUACCAUGACAUAUUGGUGUGAAGUUUGCGAGAGAAAUUUAAAUCCAAAGGAGCGAUUUUAUAAGUGUGAUGAGUACUGCUCUAUCACGCUACACAUUGAAUGUAUGUUGGGGGUGGCUUUAUACAUCAGGCCUGGUUCAUCGUGGAUCUGCUUCAACAAUAAAAAGAUUUUGAUCAAAAUGAAAGCCAAAAAAGUGGCCUAUACAGGGAUCGAACCUGUGACCUUCGCGUUAUUAGCACGACGCUCUAACCAACUGAGCUAA